AUGGCUGGAGCCCCGCGCGGGCUCGAUCUCACCUUCCUCAGCGAGCAGGAAGCCCGGCAGAUUUUCCAGGUGCUGGAGCGGGACGCGGAGCUGAAAAGGGCCGAGAAGGACCGGAUCAGCAAACUUCAGAAGAAAAAACGAGAUGUAACUGGACUACAGGGAGUGACAGGAGAAUGGUUUGAAGAAAUACAGAGAAAAAAAUUUCAGAAUGAAAUUGAUGUCAACAGAAUGUUAAAACGACCACUAGCACAUUGGCUAAGAAAGACAUCAAGAAAUGAUCCUAAAGAGUUUAAAAUGUCAUCACCCCAAAAUCCACAAGCACAAAAGAAUGUCUCACCUUCCAUUCUGGGAUUCAGAACUCCUUUCGCUUCACUCUUCUCCUUCAAAAAAUCAAGGAAGCACAGUUUAAAGCACCAGACUCAGCUGCAACCACGAUAUGACAGCUUUGCUCUCGGCGCCCAUACAUCUUACAAAAUUGAGGAAAUGGCACAGGCUGAAACGUGCAACUCAUCUUUACCAGCUGAACUACCUGGUAACUUAUUUGAUGCAACUCAAGCUGAAAUGAUGGAGGACAGUGCACCUGUAUGGAAUGAACAGCUAGAAAAAGAGUUUUUCAGUGGAAGAACACAGUUUAAAGUGGGAAUUAAGGCACUUUCCCCCAAAGAAGUCAUCGGGAUCCACAUCCCUAACCUUAUGGAUCGGAAUGAUGGGUCAUUUCUUAUACAGUAUCGAAUGUAUGGGAGUGUCAACAAAGGGUUAAAGAUUGAGGUACUUUAUGGUAAUGAACACGUAGCUCAGUCUCCUUAUAUUUUGAAAGGGCCUGUUUAUCAUGAGUAUUGUGAGUGUCCAGAAGAAGAUUCUCAGACCUGGCAGAAUAUUCUCUCUUGUCCAUCCCAAGAGCCUCAAGUUACUAAGGACUUCACUUCUUUUCCCACCAUCAACCUUCAGCGGAUGCUUCAUGAAGUCCCAACAAGGUUUGGGCAAACGAGAGGUGCUAUUGUUCAUUACACUGUUCUCAAUAAUCACAUCUACCGUCGUUCCUUAGGGAAGUACACAGACUUCAAAAUGUUCUCAGAUGAAAUGUUGCUCUCAUUGGCAAGAAAGGUUCGUCUCCCUGAUGUAGAGUUUUAUCUUAAUGUUGGAGAUUGGCCAAUGGAACAUCGAACGGCUAAUGAUACGCCUGGCCCUAUACCUAUAAUUUCAUGGUGUGGCUCUGUGGAUUCAAGAGACCUAGUCCUUCCAACAUAUGAUAUAACCCAUUCAACACUUGAAACCCUACGUGGUGUUACAAAUGACCUCCUUUCUAUUCAAGGAAACACAGGCCCUUUCUGGCACAACAAAACAGAGCGAGCUUUCUUUAGAGGUCGAGACAGCCGAGAAGAACGUCUUCAAUUGGUGCAGCUAUCUAAGGAGAAUCCAGAGCUACUAGAUGCUGGAAUAACAGGAUAUUUCUUCUUCCGAGACAAGGAGAAAGAGCUGGGAAAGGCUCAGCUCAUGGGAUUCUUUGACUUCUUUAAGUACAAAUAUCAAGUGAAUGUAGAUGGGACAGUAGCAGCAUACAGAUUCCCAUACCUCAUGUUGGGUGACAGUCUAGUACUAAAACAAACCUCUCAAUACUAUGAGCACUUCUACAGUGAAUUAAAACCAUGGAAACAUUAUGUUCCAAUUAAAAGAAGCCUUGAUGACUUGCUAGAAAAAAUAAAAUGGGCUAAGGUAAAUGAUGAAGAAGCUAGGAAGAUUGCUAGAGAAGGACAGUUAGUUGCAAGAGAAUUACUGCAGCCUCACAGGUUUUACUGCUAUUACUACAAAGUGUUCCAGAAAUAUGCCAAGCACCAAGCCAGCCAACCUGAAAUAAGAGAUGGAAUGGAACUUGUACCUCAACCUGAUGACAGCACCUCCAUCUGCAAUUGCCAUAGGAAAAAGCCUUUAAGGGAAGAUCUAUAACUGUACCAAAUGAAGAAAACCACUCCGGUUUCACUAAUAAUGCAAAAAUAUACAUGGGAUUUAAGCUGUGAAAUCUAGGACAUACUUGUGCACUGGGGAACAUUCUUGGUUAAGUACUCUUAAUGUAUUUGCAUACCUUUAUUCACUCUGCCUAUGAUAUACAAGUUAGUGUAAGUUCUUCUACAGGAGCAUUUAUCACACAACAGAACAGUAUUAGAUUUCUCCAUUAAGUCAUCUACUGAUUUCUAUUUUCUACUGAAAAUAACUUUUUAAAACCAGAAAUUAUUCUACCACAGUAUUAAGCUGAAUGCUAUAUAUACAGCAGAUUUGUAACCAUAGACACAAAGUGGAUCAUUUUAGGUUUACAAGUUCCAAAUCUGGUAUUACCAUCUGAUGUUUAUUUGAUGGUCCAUGUCAGAUAAAUCUUGUGAUCUCCAUUCAGAUCCUAGUGACAAGUUGUCCAAAUCAAGAGUCAGAUUGGGGGUAAAAAAUGGUGGUGAUCUUCCAACCUCCACCUGUGACCAAAAUGAGAUACCUUCACCCCUACUGUAGAUAGUAUAGAUAUUCAAAAUAUGAUCCUAAUAUGGUCAGGGCACUUGCCUGAAACUCAAGAGACCUGGGUUCAGUUCCCUGCUCUGCUACAGAGCCUAUGCCGGUAUAGCUACUUAGUGCAGACACACACUGUACGCCAAUAGGAGGAGUUCUGCUAGCAUCGUAAUACCUCCUCUCUGAACAUUAUCAGCUAUGCUGAUAGCAGCACGCUUUUGUCGGCAUAGUUGUGACAACACUGGGGGCUUUGACAGCAUCGCUAUGUCAGUUGGGGGAGUGAGAUUUUUCCAGCAUAAUUUUGUAGUAUAGACCAUGUGUUAGUCCUAGCCUACACUUAAAAUUUAGAUUGACCUAGCUAUGUCACUCAGGUGUGAAAAAUUCACACCCAUGAGUGGCGUAGUUCAACUGACCCAACCCCCAGGUGGAUUACCUACAUAAACAGAAAAACCCUUUUAUUGAUGUAGGAAGUCUAGGCAAAUAGGCUCUAUCUAAACGUCAGUAAUUACCAUGUUUAAACAUACUGGUAGCCAAAACAUAUUGUAUGUUUUUUCCUUGUCUAUUUGGACAGAAAAUACUGCUCUAAUCAUGUUAGAGAGCCACAUUUUAGCCUAGUGAUAUAUACAAACAUGGUUACAAAUAAUUUCCCCAUUCACACAGGCAAAAAUAGCCACAUCUUAAAACAUGGUUUGGACACUCGUAUGGCUACUAUAAUUAAUCAUGGUUAUUUUUGUAGUGCACGCAGGGUCAUAGAAGAGAAAAAUAGAAAGUUGCCAUUUCCAAUCACACUACCAAGGGAAAAAAAAUUUCUUUUGUUCCAUGUCCCCCUUCUCCCUCCACUCCAGCACCCCUCCAUCUACACCCCACAGUUAUCAGUGCUAGAUUUGAAUAGAAAAAAUAUUUCAGUGCUGUCUUCUAGAUCAACAAAAUGCCCUCUCCACUCUUUACAGACACUAAAGUAUUUGGGCUUUGUAUAAUGUCUGGGCUUUUUACAUAUAUUGUAAUGAUCUUUUUAGUUGUAUAGUAUUUUAAAAAUGGGUGCAUCUCAAAUGUCUUUUGAGGGAAAUACAUUGUAAAUAUUUUUAGAACCAUUGAUAGGGUGAAAAGGCCAGGAAAGGGUUAAGGGCUACUUGUCUGUCACAUGACUCAGGGGAUUUAAGGAAGGGGUUUGUCUUCUUUCAGAAAGGCAAGGGGGAAGCUUGGUGGUGGUGGUCAGGGGAAUCACUUUGUUUUUAUGUAACUCAUGACUUUCUGUGUUUGAACAAUAAAUUGGGUCCUGAGGCCUACCAUGUA